AUGGCGCUUGCACAAUUACCCCCCAUACCAACGACGGAGGUGGCGAAGCUACUUGAUCUACACCUAGGCGAUACGCGCGAUGCGGAUCCCAAUUGGCAGGUGAUCGACUCCCCAAUUUCGGGACGCGGCGUGUUUGCGCGACGUGACAUCAAGCGCGGCGAGCUAAUAUUUCGUGAAAAAACGCUACUUAACGGACCCACCGCCUCCAAGGAUACGCUGUUGAAUACUUGUGCAGUGUGUUUUCGCCUCCUAGAAGGCCCUAUGGAGGAAGUGCUUUGUGCCGCCGGCUGUUCGCUACCAAUUUGUAAGGCAUGUCAGCAAUCGGGACGCCACGACAUGGAGUGUAAGCUUUUCCGCUUUUGGGUGCCCAAGGAUACUACGCGCAUAAACCCGCACUCGUUACGCAUACUGAGUGUAAUGCGCUGUUACUUUUUGAUACCGGAGAAGCGCAGGCUAUUGCUUUCCAUGCAGGCCAACAACGAUAAAUACUACUUUCGUGAAGUGGAACGCGCGGCGGAAUGUUUUAAGAAUUUCCCCAAAGACAAGGCAACUUUGGAUUUUUUCUAUCGCACAGUGUGUAUUUAUAAUACAAAUGCCUUUGAGGGUCGCAGCAUAGUCGAUGGCUAUGAGACAUCGGUACGAGCGCUUUACGCGCUGGCAGGACUUUUGAAUCACAACUGCACGCCGAAUGUAUCUCACCACUUCGAGAACGGGCAAACUAUUGUGGUGACAGCGGCGCGCGAUAUAGCGCAGGGCGAGGAGAUCACGGCGACAUAUACGAAAAUACUGUGGAGCACGUAUGCCCGCCAGUGGUUCCUUUGCGGCACCAAACACUUCAUCUGCGCCUGCAAACGCUGCUUGGAUCCGACG